GGGGGGGGGGUAGUAUAAAUAAAUCCCAAGGAGGCUGGUGCUCAUAGGCACAGCUGGACUCCUGGAUAACUGGACUGCAGCCCAUUGGAAUAUUUAACCAAAAAAGGAACCAACAAACUCUCUGGAUUUCUGAUUAGAUUUAGUUACCGAGACAAACGUAAAGAUGAAUACUGUGGAAGAAUGGCUCGUUGAAAACAGGGACAAGAUUGAGAAAGGUGUGGAGAUCAUGGGGCAGGCCUCAGAGGUGCUGGCGGCCACCGUGGGCCAGCUUCACCCCAUCCUGGAGGCUGUUUUCGUGGCUUCUGCUGAGCUACUCAGCAACCCAGAAGGCAAAGAGGCUCGCUACCUGACUCAGCAGUUUGAAAAAGUCAACUCUAAACUGGAGGGAAUCCAGGAUGAGAUUGAUAAACUGGCGCUGGAGCUGCAGAAGACGUCAAUGAACAAGCAGAACUUUGACCGAGAGGCACAGAUUCUUAGUCAGUACGAGAAGUUCCAGGACUUUGUCAAUGCCAAGCCAAAGUUCAGGGAGAAGAAGAUGGAAAAGUUUAUCAACCACUAUGAGGCUACAGAUGCCGACAUGAACUUGGACGCAAUCUACAAUGCCGUCAAGGGGGAGAACCUCUCAGGAGACCCCAUGCUGGAGACGGUGCUCGCCACCGAGCAGAGAGGCAGAAGGGCGGUCGAGGAUUUCUGUGCUCGGCUGAAGAAGCUCUUUGUGGUGGGCAUCAUCUCUGUCAUGGGCUACGCCGCACUCAAGGAAGGGACCGUCGGGGAGGAGAUGGUGAAGAAGUGGCAAAAUCGAAUGGAGGACGUAGAGAAACGCAUGAAAGCAGCUGUGGAUGACUGUACCGUGAACUUUCCCAAACAGGCCAAGCUGGACAUGGAGCAGCACGUCCAGGAGAACCCUGGUACAGUCGCUCCCGAGUUCGUUAAAUCUCUACUCGAUUUGCUCACCAAGAAAUAUGACUGGGUGAGUUGGUCCGUCAGGGCCUUCAACGACAGAGAGCGCAUUUUCUUCUUCAACUGGCUGGCGGGAAAGAAGUACCACGCAAGCGGCGGAGCCAAAUGGUUUGACAUUCUGACCAAGAACAAGAUCAAGGUGAUCAUCUCGUUCUGCGUCGACCCCAAGCCCAUCAACAAGAGUCAGAUCCAGGAGGAGAUUGGGCAGCAGAAGCUGAAGGGGAACAUGAUGGCAGUGGCUCUGUCCUUGAACAAGAGCUUCCCCAACUGUCUGGUCCAUGCUGUGAGCCAUUACAAGGCAGUGGUGGAGACCAACAACUUCCAUGAGGACUGUUAUUACUUUGGAAAACACAAAGGUGCCUACAUCUGUAUCCAUCCUGAGUAGCUUCCAAGGCAGAAGGAUGUGUCCCCUAAUCUCUAAAGUGGAGAUCUUAGUUAAAUCUGUAAUAAAAAUGGCUAUAUCUGUUGGUGUAUAAUCUGCUUUGGGUAUUGCUUUGGGUCCCUUGUCUUUCAGGAUUUCCUGUUUUUAUCCAUAUAUCCAGUCAAAUUAUGUUUUAUAAAUCUAUCAGAGCCAUUACUUUUUUGUAAACUCUGUCAUUUGAGUCAAUACCAAAUAGAAAUUCCAAAAAUAUUUGCUGAAUCAGAGAUUUAACCUUUGAUUAAAACCAACUCUACCCAUAGACAACGUCAGCAACAAAUCUUAAUGGUUGCUUUAUGGUGUCUAUUGAUGUUGAGGGGAUUAUUUAAUCACUGUGAUACUAGAGGUAUUUUAAAACACGUUAUUGAGUGUAAAAGGUAAUUAAAUGCUGGGUUGAUUGUAUAAAUCUUGGUCUUCUGAUCUUCUCAGUUGGUUAGGAUUUAAAAUGGCUAGUCCAAGAAAGGCCUGGUGCAACGAUCCGAAAGUUAAAAACCAAACAGCAAGGAUUUAACAAGCUGCUUUAAAAACAAGUUUGUGUCCGAUUUGCAUCAGAAGGUCAUUGAUGUCUACAGUUGGUUGAAAAACAUAUGUACAUUUCAAGUAAAUGGUAUUUUGCUGAAGUUGGUGGAAAUGCCAUGCCUGAACCUCAGGCUUACUUUUUAGUUUUAAGACGAAUUGACGAACCCAACAAGCAAAAUGAGUCGCUGAGAGAGUUAUGAACUCAAGUUUAUCCUGUUAACAGAAAAUAAAGAGUAAAUAAAAAGGUGUUUUACUUCAAAUUUUUAAGAAAUUACCUCCGAAUAAAUAAAGACGCUCUUACAGGUUGCCGGAUGUGGCAGCUCUGGAAAACUCAUGAAAUCCUUUUUCCAACAACAUUGAAUUCUGUUUAUUAAAUUCAAACAAAGCUGAAGAACAAAAGCAUCCGUUUGAGUUAAACCCAGGUGUUGUUUACUCUCUUAUUAUGCAGCUGGGAGCAGCAAAGUUAAAGAGCCGGUACAGCAAACCAUCUGAAACCACAACAUAUUGUCUGCUUCAGGCUUUCAGAAGCAUUCGAUUUUCAGGUCCAGCCAGUUGGUGCUCAUUAGAAGCAGCUGUGUGAAAAUUGAAUUAAUCUUUGAGCUCCUGGUUUGUAUUCCCAAUUAAAAAAGUUAGAUUAAUGCAGAAUUUCCUUCUUACAGGAAAUUAGAUAAACUACAUUAGAAGCUGCAGGACAGGUGAGCGGUGGUCUGUUAGCUGAUUUAUUGUGUCUAUGAUUCAUUUUGCAUUUAAAGUAUAAAUGUGAAGAAACUGUCUUUUACAUGUUUGUUAAUUAUAUAUAUAUAUAUAUAUAUAUAUAUAUAAAGCAUCACAUACACUGUAUUGCCAAGAGUAUUGGGUCACAUGAUGAAAUAAAUGAUUUGGCUGCAUUUGUACAAACUUUGGUUUGGUAAAAAAACUUUACUGAUCUGUUUUGACGUUAAACCUUUUGGGGUGAAUUAAAGUAAAGUCUGAAAUUCUGAUUUUCUUCUCUGUACGCACACUAAAACCUUAUGGAAGAUGUUUGAUAGUUAA